GUCCAAGAUGCUCGCGUAUAUGUAAAGGCACGAUACACAGCAGGCCAGUCCGGACAAGAAAUGCAAAGAGGCGAUAGAUCGGCUUGACAGGUUCCGUUAUGUGGCUUCAACGGCAGCCGCAACAGGCUUGGAAAUACUUGCAGGCAUAUGCAUAAUGGCACAUAUUGGCAACGGAAAUGAGAUGCUUCAGGCCCGAGACCUAGACUUGAUAUUUGACCUUGGAACUCAUGCCACUUGCAACGAUAAACUGGUUAGACUUCCCAGGGUUUGGUUCAACAUCGAAAGGCGGGUUGAACCCUCAAGUUUGAUCGCACGGUAACACGUGCUUGGCGAUAUAGAAGUCCUUUGUCUUGGCGGCAGGUCAAGAGGCAGUUUUCGACCUGCUCGUUAGACUGCAAUGCGGACGUCACCUCGGGAAGAUGCCGAGUAGUAUUGCCAUCUCGGUCCCCGGCCAACCCCAAGUGUGCAUACGGAGCGCACAAGAAUGUUUGUGUCGCAGUUUCUGCUUGUCUCUGACUCCUCAGUCGGCUUGUGUCAGUCUGUGCAGCCCUACGUGCAAGAUGGGCUUACACGUAUCUAAGACAUGGAUCGAAGCUUGACUCAGGCUCAACGUGUCACUCGUUUCCGAAUGUCACAGUCGAGGGCACGGCGCACAUUGCUUUUUCUCCGAGAGAUUGUGAUGCAUCAACAAAUGGCUUGAGCUUGUGCCUCGGUGCUGAUCUUGUGGCAUUCUGUCAUGAUGGCGUGAUAUCACCGCCGCUCGCUGGUAUGUUCGGACGUACAUCCAUCCUGCGGGCAGCGGCUCGUCUUGUCUCGUCUGGUCUGUAAGCUAUUUUCAGCUCGUUGUCUCAAGGCAUCGUCUCGAGCUUCCUCGCAUGCAAGAUUUCCGGCCACAUAGGACAAUCUAUGCCAUCGGCCGGUCGUCGAGUCUGACAAUCCAUGUCUAAGAUGCACGAUGCAUCAUAGUUUUGUGAUAGAAUAAGUGCUGUCGCUGAAGAACGUCGUUG